AGCGUUCAUCAGCGCUGACAUCCGUCGAACCGCCGCCAUUAUCUCUGCAGCGGAAGAAGGAAGGAGAAAACAGUCGGAACCGAGAGAAAUUAAGUCAAUUUUGGAUCAAUACUGCCAUGGAGGUUCCUGGAGCCGACAGCGACUGGAGGAGCCCUCAGUUCCGACAGAAAGUCGUGGCUCAGAUUGAAGACGCCAUGAGGAAGGCCGGUUCUGGAAACACGACACACAAGUCUGGGACGGACAUGGAGAACCAUGUCUUCAUCAAAGCCAAGACCAGAGAGGAGUACCUGUCCCUGGUGGCCCGGCUCAUCAUCCACUUCAGGGACAUCCAUAAGAAGGCACUGGGAGGAGCCGAUCCCAUGAAUGCCCUGACUAACCUGACGGGGGUAGGCGGGGGCAUGGGCAUGGGGCCCCGGCCCCCAGGCACCGCGGUGGGGGGCAUGGGGGCCAUGGGGCAGAUGCAGCUAGGCCAGCAUGCCAUGGCCGGGGUGCAGGGAAACCCACAAGCCAUGGGCACCCCGGGCCAGAUGUCAGUGCAGCAGAUGGUGCAGCAGCAGCAGCAGCAGUCCAUGCAGUUCCAGCAGUUCCAGCAGGCACAGCAGCAACAGCAGGCGCAGCAGAACGCCGCGUUGCAGCAGCAGCAGCAGCAGCAAGCUCCAAGUCUGACCAAUGGAGCAGCAUUCCAGUUAUUAGCACAUUCCAACAUGGUGGCGCCCAAGUAG